CCCAAACCCUCCCUUACCGGCUUCGAUCCUGCUAAAUUUGCUGCUGCCGCCGGACAACCGAAGAAUGACCCAUGGGCACGAGCUGAAGCCUGGAGAUAUACCGGACCUUUCACACGCUGGAACCGCUUCAAGGGAUCCUUUCCCGGUCUCGGCAUUGCUUCUGUAGCUUUCGCCGGCUACCUGGUAUACGAGCAGAUGUUCAUGCAGACGUCACAUGGACAUGGAGAGGGCCAC